CUAAACACUUCCUUGUCGAUUAACGUCGUUGAUUUUGGCAAGAGCGUUUUGGUUAGAAGCUAAAUGGUUAUAUAUUUUGAAGUUGUGAAAAAUACAUAGAAAUAUAAAGUAUAAUGCCUGAAAAUUAUUGCAAAAUGCACUUAAGAUUGUAAGCAAAGACAAGUUGUUAAGUUCGUGUAAAAGUUAACUGGAAAUUUUUAUAUCAAACAUUUUUAUAAAACACGUUAAACAGUAUAAUAUUGUUGGAACAAUAAUUUAUUUAAAAAAAUAAUAUAGUUAAAGACGAAAUCCUUUCACCUACGAAUCUGGACGAAAUUUGGAAAUAAUAAAUGACAAGAUAUUUUUGAGUGUUUCUAAAAAUGAAUCCCUCCGAGCUGCGUAUGAUGUGGAUGAGUCACUAUAAUCCUGAACGCAUCACAGUGGAGGACGCACCCUCAUUCUUUGGCCAUCCAUCAGUGGGACUUUCGGUAAUGGACGAUUUAUCCUCACAUCAACCAACAAUGGAUUUGAAUCCAAUGAUGAGUAUUGUUGGGGGGGAUUUCAGUGGUCAGGCGGCAGCAGCAGCAGCGGCUGCAUUGGGCGUACAACCGACAGCUCUAAUUGCGGCCAAUUCCAACGAUAUUUACGGUCUAGCACAAGUAGGUGGUUUACAUCAGCAGUUACUUCAACAAUCGGCCGCAGCUGUUUUUCAAAACUACACAGAAGUUAUAGACGAUGAUGAUGGUACUGGAAGUGGCGCAAUAGGUGCUGACAACAGCGGUUGUGGUAAUGUCAGCGUAGACAAAUCAUUAGCAACACAAUUUGUUCAUAACGAUGAGCCACAACCAAUCUAUGAUCAAUUGGAUGACGGUAGUUACGAUGGUGGUUUAGCGCCAAAACAGGAAAUUAUAAAUAUUGAUGAUUUCGUUAUGAUGACCGAUUCUAAUUCAUACGAUGGUACAGAAUUUAUGGCUGACGAGAGAGAAGUGGCAGAAGGAAGUAGUGGUGGCGUUGAUAUCUCCCAUGCACAUGGCAUGGAUGAGAAUGGUGUCCUUGUGCCUUUGGAUAGUGGACAUAAAUUAAUAGGCGAUAGUGGCGAUGAGGUGAUGGUGCCCGCCACCACAACCGUAAUGCAGGCAACAGCGGCAACCUCAUCAAGAGGAUUUGGUGGAGGUGGAGGAACGGGCCACCAUCGCUCAUCGCAACGUAAGACUCGAAAAAUAGAACCAGUUAACAGGCCAGGACUGGUGCUGAAGACACCAAUAGCAUAUAAGGGAAACAUAGAUCCAUCGGUUAUACCAAUUCAGAAAGACGGCAUGGCCGUCUGUGAGCGUUGUGGUGCAAUCGGUGUAAAGCACACUUUCUACACCAAAUCUCGACGUUUUUGCAGCAUGUCCUGCGCUCGUGGCGAACUUUAUUCUUUGGUAGUAAACAACACUAAAAUGGCAGGUGGUGCGCAACAACAGCAACAGACGAUUUCCAAUUCCCCCGUGCAAGAUCAUAUCGAUGGUGCAGCCGGAAGUAACAAUGGUAAUAGCAACGAUAUACAACAACACGAUACACAACCUCAACAAUCUGAUAUUGAGUUGGCGUUACGUGUUGCUCAUAUUAAGAAUUCGAAUUAUCGUUUUCGCAUCACAGACCAAUCGAAAAUUACACAAAUCAACGGUUUUGGCGAACCUGUCAUGUCCGCCGAAUUGACAGGAAUGGAUGGCGCAAGUGCACUAACAGGUCUAAGUAGUGAGAAUGGAGCCUUGUGUGGUGUAAAUGCAGGUGGCUUAGUUGCUACGCCAAAGGCACUUCAAAUGUACCGUGAUGUUUUACCACAAGAAGACCUGCCACAAAUUCCAAAAUUUGAACGUUUACCAGUUUCCUGCCCACAAAUGGAAAAAAUCAUUAGUAUACGUCGUCGUAUGUACGAUCCAUCGCAUUCUUUCGAUUGGACGCCGCGUUUGUCGCAUCCGAAUUUUUUCGCUGCACCCGUUACUUGCUUUCCCCAUGCACCCGGUUACGAAGUUUGGGACAGCAUUGGUAUUGACAUGAAAGUUGAGGUGGAGAAUACAGAUUGUGAUAAUACGGAAAUAGUGCAGCCCGGACAGACGCCACACUCAUUUUGGGUUGCGACGAUCUUAAAUAUUUGCGGAUACAAAGCUCUUAUGCGUUACGAAGGCUUUGAUGAGCCAACACAUGACUUCUGGGUAAAUCUAUGCAAUGCGGAAGUACACUCGGUUGGUUGGUGUGCGACACGCGGCAAACCUCUAAUACCGCCACGUACUAUCGAGAAUAAAUACAAAGAUUGGAAAGAUUUCCUCGUGGAACGAUUGUCUGGCGCACGUACACUGCCUUCCAGCUUUUACAACAAAAUCAAUGACAGCAUGCAGUCGCGCUUCCGACUGGGCUUGAAUUUAGAGUGUGUGGAUAAGGAUCGAAUCUCACAGGUUCGCUUAGCAACGGUGACAAAAAUUGUAGGCAAGCGUUUGUUUUUGCGGUACUUUGACUCUGAUGACGGUUUCUGGUGUCAUGAGGACUCGCCCAUCAUACAUCCGGUCGGUUGGGCGACUACCGUGGGUCACAAUUUAGCGGCACCGCAUGAUUAUUUAGAACGAAUGUUGGCUGGCCGUGAGGCAAUGAUUGAAGUACAUGAAGAUGAUGCAACGAUUGAGCUUUUCAAAAUGAAUUUCACUUUCGAAGAAUAUUACAUGGAUGGCAAAGGCAAUGGUUUUGUGGAAGGCAUGAAAUUGGAGGCGGUCGAUCCUCUCAAUCUAUCAUCGAUUUGUGCUGCAACCGUAAUGGCGGUGCUUAAAUUUGGCUACAUCAUGAUACGCAUCGAUUCUUAUCAACCAGAUGCAACAGGGUCAGAUUGGUUUUGCUAUCACGAAAAAUCACCUAGCAUAUUCCCAGUAGGCUUCUGCGCUUCAAAUAGCAUCACUUUGACACCACCCAAUGGUUAUGAUGUCAAUACGUUUAGUUGGGAAAAAUAUUUGCAAGAAACGGGUAGCGUUGCUGCUGGCCAGCAUUUAUUCCACCGGAUUGUGCCAAAUCAUGGAUUUCGGGUCGGCAUGAGCCUCGAAUGUGCUGACCUUAUGGACCCACGUUUGGUAUGUGUGGCGACUGUAUCACGCAUAGUCGGGCGUUUGCUUAAAAUACACUUCGACGGUUGGACCGAUGAGUAUGACCAAUGGUUGGAUUGCGAAUCACCUGAUGUUUAUCCAGUAGGUUGGUGCGUACUGGUAAAUCACAAGCUCGAAGGGCCGCCGGUGCCUGUGCAGGCUACAGCCAAAACGAACACCAAAGCGAAAAGUCCGAAAAAACGCAAGAAAAAAUCCACUGCUAAAGGCGCAGAAAAUUCAAAUACAGGUAUAUUAAAAGCUCCAUACCAGCUAAAUAAAAAAUUUCCUAAACUUUUUGUAUUGUAUAUGACAGCAAAACCGCGUACGAUUGCUUUAAAAACAAAUCCGCAUCUUCCGAAACUGAGUAUUAAACUCGAACUUAAGCCAGAGCAUCACAAUGCCGCUUUCUAUGAGGAUAAUAACGAGGAUGAUGAUGAUGAUGGAGACUAUGAAGAGGACAGCACCAGUCAUCGCUCCGGUCAAUCCACGCCACUAUCCCAUAACGAUGGCAGCCAGCUGGCUUUGACGGAAAAGAUCACUACAGCGCAACAAGCAUCCACAACUCAAGCGUCCGCGCCAACGCGUUGCGGCAACCCAGCAGUAAAGAAAUCUGUAUCACCAGCACCGCCGGUUGUGGGGCGCAAAGCUACCAGCUACAUUGGGAACUCAUCCGUCUGCAAUAGCAAGUACAUUCCGCGGCUUAUCGAGUCCUCUUCGAAUGAAAACAACAGCGGCAGUAGCGGCGGCAACAGUAACAGUCAAAAUGCGGACCCACAAGCAGACCUCAUACCCGAUACGUGGAAUGUAUAUGACGUUUCUCAAUUCUUACGCGUCAAUGAUUGUACGGCGCACUGUGACACAUUUUUGCGUAAUAAAAUUGAUGGCAAACGUUUGCUGCAACUAUCUAAGGAUGAAAUAAUUACUUUGCUUGGCAUGAAAGUGGGUCCUGCGCUAAAAAUAUCCGAUUUGAUACAGCAGCUUAAAUGCAGAGUUAACCCUGGCAAAUCCAGAUUGCAUAAGGCAAACAAAACGUUUUUAUAGUGCCUUUUGAAGCGAUCGCAUCAAAGAGUAACAUCAAAACCACCUAAGCCAACAACAUUUCGUCUUAAGCUCUCACACCUAGCAAUUCGUCACAAUAUUGUAUCGUAUCUAAUAUGAUUACUGUAGCUCUUAAGUAUACCAAAUAUGUAUAUCACGAGAUAACACAGGCAUUGUACGAAGUAUGAGAGUGUCUCAUGUGCAUGCUGCACUUCAUAAAAGCAUGAUGUGCGUUGGGUUACAAUGAUCACAGAUGAGUUUGCUGUCAAUUGGAACAUUUUAGAGUAAAUGAGGAAAAUUUUUGUUAAGUAGAAUCAAGCUGAAUGACACAAGGAUUCAGCAUCAGCAAAGUAGAAGUUAAGAGAUACGGAAACCUGUAGGAAACUUAACAAUGAAAAUUUGAAAAUAUUAUUAGUUUUCUUUAAUGACGUAGAAUAGAUACUUAUUUGAUAUAAUUUUCACUUCAUACAUAUUUUUAAUAUCUAGUACACAAUAACUUUAUUUUAGUUAAAAAAAACGCAAAGAAAAAAAAAACUACCUUACAUAAUUUAGUGUAUUUGUAUUUUUUUCUGUCAAUAAGAAAACGAGGUGCACGAAAAAUGUAACACAUUCGUAGACUGAGAACAAUUAUUAAAUGAAAACAGUAAACAUAAUUUAUUACUACAACAAUUGCAUAAUUACAAUCAAUUACCACUGCAACAAUACAAUGUUUUCUACCGUUAGGCAUAAAAAGCUUAUUACAUAUACUCACAACACAAACCCGCACACACAUACACAUACAACAAUAACCACGCAAUAUAAAUGCCUUUAAAAAAAAUCAACAUUAUAAAUAAUAAAAACCUAACCUCAAAUGCAAAACAAAAAAAUAAUAAUCUGUGCAACAUCACUUUAACUCCCAAUAGUAAGAGUCGCGUUGCUCAUUUGCUCGUCGAAUAUAAUACUUUAUAGAUUUUGUUAAAAUCAAGUGGUUUGAACGUAAUAUAUUUGCAUAUUGAAAAGUUUUGUGUAAAUAUUUUAUAUGAAACAAUUAUUUAUUGGUGGAAAAAUUUUAAUUCAUUACGUUUUGCUAAAUUAAUCGUAUCCCAUAAAUGUGUAGUGGUAAAUACAAAUAAUGGUGGUGGUUUACAAAUCUCUUGUUUAAGGUCGAUUUUGAAAAAUUCAAAUUUCAAGUUUAUUUCAAAUUUACUGUCGCACAUAAUAUGCACGUUUUAUGCUUUCAUCAUCUUGGAACUCAAUGCGCUGAAGUAAAGCAGUUAAAAAAUAUAUUUUUUCAAUUUCGGCAAAAGUUUUGAGUUCGGUUUCUUUGCUGGUCCGAAUUGCUUUAAAUAUUUUGGUAGAUUUUCUGUAAUGUAUAUUGCUCAGUACAAAUAGAUUUGGUCGAUAAGUAAACAAGUCUUAUAAAACCCACCAAGUUGACUUAGUUGCGUUAAUUUUUUUGUUUUGUUUUUGUAAAUAUCGCUCAACACUUUUCACUUUGAAAUAUGUAUAACUCAUUAAUUGACUGCAUAGUUAUUGUGUUUUGUUGUUGGAUGAGUAAACACUAAUAUAGCUUUGUGUAAUCCGCAUUUUAUCGGCCCAUACUCCACUUGCCCUUGACUACAUAUCCUAAAUUAGUGUAAUUAGAAGUAUCCUGCGAAGACGCUACUAUAAAAUCAGCGCUCGCGUUAAGUAACGUCAAAAUGGUUUAAGAAAAUUUCUUACAUACAUAUGAAUGUACUAAGAUAUGCAACUACAUACAUACAUACAGAUAUGCGACGAAUUGAUUAGAAAUAUAACGAUCAGGGAAUAAUUUCAGUUUUUGUGAAACUCAAGUGCUAUUGUAAACUAACUACCAAUCAGUGUAUACAUACAUAUGUACAUACACAGAAGCAUAGAUGCAAUUGGCAAGUCUGCUGCAGUUCCACGCAAGGUUAACAUUUAUGUAUGUGUGUGAGAGUUAAAUCUUUUGGCAACUUACUCCCUUAGGAUAGUGAAUAAAUAAAAUAAUUAAAGUAAACAAAAACUAAAAAUAAAAUAACACAAAUUAUAGAAUAUAACCACACCGCCUCAUCAGAGUAGAAUGCUAGAGCGAUAGAGCAAAUCAUGAAACAAAAACAGAUUUAGAAUACCAACAGCACACCAGCUUAAGUAUACACACAUAUAUAUGUAUAGCAUUAGCAACAAAUUAAUUGUAAAGAUUAAAAUAUUAAUAUACACGAGUUUAUGAUUUACACGAUUUUAACACUCUUAAUUUGUAUAAUUAAGAAAAGACGCGCAGCACACGCCCCCACACUCUCUCCCAACACACACACAUGUAAGCAGUCGCAUGCCACAGUCUGCGAGCGAAGUGGGGUGUUCUCAUUAGCCACUUAUUUGAUUUACUUGUAAAUAAUAUACAAAAAAAAGAAGAAAACAAAAAACAAACAAACAUUACGAUUACUUUAUAUUAUACUUUAAAAAUAAAAUAGCGUGUAAUAAACAGCAAA